AUGUCACUGCAUCUUUUACAAGCUGAAUUGAAAUCUGCUAAAGAUGAAUUAUCAGAUUCGAAUCAAACAAUUGAUCGAUUAAAAAUCGAAAAUCGAAAUUUAAAUCAUCAAUUGGUAAUGGGUUCUAAAGAUAAUUUCAAAAGACCUGUGCCUGCUAGAUCUCAAAGUUCGAGUACUUUACAUGAUCAGUUAUCUAAAGCAUUUUUGGAUGCUUUACAAAAUGGAACCGAAAGUGAAAUUCAAGCUGUGUUUAGAUCUAUGCCUUCUACUUCACGGUUACAUCUGAUGUUGAUCAGGAAAUAUUCUAGGUUGUAUCUUUUAUUAGAUGCUAGUUUGCCGGGUGAUCUUGCUGCACUUCGAACAUUUUUGGCCAAAAUUGAACGUACUAAACGAGAUUUGAUUGGUGCUUUACCUGAGGCUUUGGCCGUAAAAUGUUUGAUGAGAAUGGAUUUGAAAUCGAUUUUGACUUGUCGAUUGGUCUCUAAAACAUGGAAUCGUGUGAUUUCUGAAUGUGGAGCAGAACUUUGGAGACAACUUUGUUAUUCAUUAACUUCUAUGGAUGAUGAACGACCUACUCCAAACACAGAUGAUGCUUAUGGUUGGUUUGAGCUUUAUAAAGGUUUGUAUUAUCGUGAAGAGAACUGGAAAAGAGGUUUGGCUCAAAGAGUGGUAGUUUUAAAAGGUCAUACUGGCUCAAUUGGAGCGAUCAAGUUGAGGGGAUCAACCUUGGUGACGGGAUCUUUGGAUGGUACCUUGCGAAUCUGGAACGUACGCACAAGUACUUGCUUAAAAAUAGUCAAGAUGCCAGCCCCUGUUUCGUCGGUGGAUUUCCAUGGUCAAUACGGACAUGCUGGAGUAAUUGCUGCUGGAGGUAACGAUGUAGGAAGAGUGUUUUUAAUCUCGAUGAAUGGUGUGCUACUCAGUACCCUUUCUGGCCAUAACAAAGGUAUUCGUACUUUGGCUAUGAAUAGUCAAUAUCUUGUCUCCGGAGGGUAUGAUAAAGCUUUAGUGGUUUGGAAUUGGCGAGAAGGUACACGGAUUGUUAAAUUUGGGCAGCAAACCAAUCCUUGUGCGGCCAUAUCUCUAUUUGGCUCAUUGUUUAGUAGUGUUCAAGUGGAUGGAGUGAUCAGAUGUUUCAACAUCGAGGCACGAGAAAUCGUCUCACAACAUAAAGUUCAAGGAGGAGGAGGAAAUGAGGUAUUUCAAUGGUUUGUGGCUGAAGCAAGAAGAGUGAUGAUUGCGACUAAGACAAAAAUCUAUGAAUUAGAAUAUAGACUUACAGCACAUGAUCAAAACGUUGUGGAUUUAAGUUCUCCACCUGAUCUUGUUUCAGUAACACCUAUUGUACAUGAAUUGAACAGUGGAACGUUAGAUGUUUUGAAAAGAAGAUUUGCAGCUGCACCUAGAUUCGCGAAUCGAUUAGGCGAAAAUAUGAGAAUCUUUAUUGGUCAUUUACCUAAACUUGAUGGUGGGACUAUGAAAGCUGUUAAUUUGGGUAAUAGUACGAUGAAUAUAGAUGAAGAAAUCAGAGGAACAGAUUGUUUACAACCAAUUGAGGGAGCUUGGUUAGAUGGAGAAUAUUGUGUUUCAACAAGAAACCCGACUUGUAUGUCAUUAUCUAGUGAUCGAUUAGUUGUGGGAUGCAGCGAUGGGAUUCUUUAUGCUCUUGAUUUUUGUGGAAGAACUUAUAGAGCUGAAGAAGAAGAAAGUGAAAGGGAUUUAGAAGAAUGAAGGAAAUCAGAUGAAUGAAGAUUGAAUUGUGUUUGUGUUUUCUGUUAUGGUAUGAUGUGAUUUUUCUUUUCGUUUUUUAUAAACAGUUUUUGAAUGGACUGAUGAAAGAUUGAUGAAUGAACUAAUAACGAUAGAAAAAGAUGACGUCGUUUUGAAUGAUUAGGUUUUUUUGGUUUUUGUAAUGUUGGAGUGUUUCUGCAUUUUGUUUUGAUUUAGCUUUCGUUGAAUAGAUGUUUGGUUUUUUAUGCAAGGGUUCAUGAAAGUUUUAACAGAAAGUUUUAGCAAU